AUGAACACACAAAAAGCACAACCUCGAUUAUAUUCUAGUAAGGAAUCGCUCUUAGCACUCAAGGCUCAUUUAUCAGCUAAAAAUGCCAAAUUACCUAAAUCUCCCACAAUAGAAGAUUAUAUCACAUAUAUUAAAAAAUUAUCUAAUAGACUCAAAUAGGGCCCUUUAGAUUUUUGGAUCCCUAAUGUUUAUAGGCGAGUAAUUCAGGUGAUCAGGUUGAUGAGCUCUGAAGACGGAUUCGUCUAAAAUAAGGAUAAAGAAAAGAAUUUCAAAGCAUUAGGACUCACAAUUCAGAGAAGUUCAAGUAGAUCAAAAACAACAAUCGAAACAGGUGCUGAAACAGGUUCAAAUGCUAUUCAAUAGUAUGUGAUCUUACCUGCAAUUGAUUAAGUCUUGGAAGAAAUGGAAUCCCAUUCAGAUGAUAUUAAUACAUUUGCAUCAACACAUUUUUUUACAAAUGAAGUUCUUUUAGUUUACGAAUAUUCAACUACUGUGUUGAAUUUCUUGUUAUCAGCAAAGAAGACCAGAAACUUCGAGAUUAUAGUCUUGGAGAGCGAAACUGAAAACUUAGGGAAGUAGUUUGCCACCGACUUGGGAAAACAUCAACUGAAUGUCACCUUAACACCCUUUACCAAUGCCUAUGCCAUUAUGUAAAGAGUAAAUAAAAUCCUUUUGGGAGUCGAUGCCAUCCUUAAAAAUGGAGGUCUUUUGAUGCAUCCAGGAACAUAUGCAAUUUGUGUUUUAGCCAAACAGUUUGCUGUUCCAGUGAUUGUAUUGUCUGGAGCACACAAAUUGACUCCAAAGUAUGCCUUUGAUCAAACCACUUUCAAUGAACUUGUAUCACCUUUGAAAAUCAAUCCAAAUUCCACAAUUGAACAGAUGAGCAUUGGAGUAUUUUCUUAUAUUACAUUUGACUAUGUUCCUCCUGAAUACAUAAGCCUGUAUAUCACUAAUUAAGGAUAAUACACACCCUAGAGUAUCUACUAGUUGUUUAGUGAUUUUUAUAAUGUCAAAGAUGAAGACAUUUGA